AUGGCCGCCGGCGACCUGCAGGUGCUCACCGCGCUCGACACCGCCAAGACGCAAUGGUACCACUUCACCGCCAUCGUGGUCGCCGGCAUGGGCUUCUUCACCGACGCCUACGACAUCUUCUGCAUCUCCCUCGUUACCAAGCUCCUCGGCCGCAUCUACUACCGCGUGGAGGGCUCCGCGACGCCCGGCACGCUCCCGCCGCACGUGUCCGCGGCCGUCAACGGCGUGGCCUUCGUGGGCACGCUCUCAGGGCAGCUCUUCUUCGGCUGGCUGGGCGACAAGCUCGGCCGUAAGAAGGUCUAUGGCAUGACGCUCAUGCUCAUGGUCCUCUGCUCCGUGGCGUCGGGGCUCUCCUUCGGCCACACCCCGGCGUCCGUGAUGGCGACGCUGUGCUUCUUCCGCUUCUGGCUCGGGUUCGGCAUCGGCGGCGACUACCCGUUGUCGGCCACCAUCAUGUCCGAGUACGCCAGCAAGAAGACGCGCGGCGCGUUCAUCGCCGCGGUGUUCGCGAUGCAGGGCUUCGGCAUCAUGGCCGGCGGCCUCGUGGCCAUCGUCGUGUCCGCCGCGUUCAUGGCCAGGUUCCCCACCCCGGCGUACGCCGUCGACCCCGCCGGGUCCACGCCGCCGCAGGCCGACUUCGUGUGGCGGAUCAUCCUGAUGCUGGGCGCCAUGCCCGCGGCGCUCACCUACUACUGGCGCACCAAGAUGCCCGAGACGGCGCGGUACACGGCGCUGGUGGCCAAGAACGCCAAGCAGGCCGCGGCGGACAUGUCCAAGGUGCUGCAGGUGGAGAUCGAGGAGCUUGCCGCGCAGGACAACAGAAACAGAAGCAGGGCCUCUUCGGCUGCGGCUGCGCCGGCGGCGUCCUUCGGGCUGUUCUCCGGGGAGUUCUUCCGGCGGCACGGGCUGCACCUCCUGGGCACGUCGGCGACGUGGUUCCUGCUGGACAUCGCCUUCUACUCGCAGAACCUGUUCCAGAAGGACAUCUUCAGCGCGGUGGGGUGGAUCCCGAAGGCGGCGACGAUGAGCGCGCUGGAGGAGCUGUUCCGCAUCGCGCGGGCGCAGUCGCUGAUCGCGCUGUGCGGCACGGUGCCGGGCUACUGGUUCACGGUGGCGCUGAUCGACGUGGUGGGGCGGUUCGCCAUCCAGGCGACGGGGUUCCUGAUGAUGACGGCGUUCAUGCUGGGGCUCGCCGUGCCGUACCACCACUGGACCACCACGCCGGGGAACCACAUCGGCUUCGUCGUCAUGUACGGCCUCACCUUCUUCUUCGCCAAUUUCGGGCCCAACGCCACCACGUUCAUCGUGCCCGCCGAGAUCUUCCCGGCCAGGCUGCGGUCAACGUGCCACGGCAUCUCGGCGGCGUCGGGAAAGCUGGGCGCCAUCGUCGGCUCCUUCGGGUUCCUGUACCUGGCACAGAGCCAGGACCCGGGCAAGACGGACCACGGGUACCCCGCGGGCAUCGGCGUGCGCAACUCGCUGUUCCUCCUCGCCGGCUGCAACCUGCUGGGCUUGGCCUUCACGUUCCUGGUGCCAGAGUCCAAGGGCAAGUCCCUGGAGGAGAUGUCCGGCGAGAACGACGAGGCCGCUGGCGCCGCCGCCGCCGCCGCCGCGAGCUACAACCGCACGGUGCCCGUGUAG